AUGGGCAUUCAAGCUACCGAGUAUCCCAAUGGAACCGAAGUUGGAACAAAUUUCACUGAGUUAGCGACAACGAUGCGACAAGAAGGCGUCCUGUAUUACUACAGCGCUACAGGUAACACGACGGAUCCGAGUUACUGGUACAGUCGAGUGGAAGGAAUACGAAGAACUUACGACUACACGCAAAUCUCCCGGCGUGUCUCGUACACAAACACCAGAACGAUGGAAAACAACACCGCCGUCAAGGUCGUCGGGCAUCAACUGCUCAAGGCGACCUUUGCGCAGGUUAUUUGCAAGGGGACCACGCAAGUGGGGUGUGCAGUGCCCAACGAAGGCUUCUUUGCGUGUGCCCAUGAUCCCGUCGGACUUCUAGUCGGGGAGGAUCCAGUGACGGGGGUUGAGCCUGCGCAUGAGUCUGCUCCGAACAACACGGGGUACAGUUCGCACGGCAUCGAGUGGCAUGUGUAGUGAGGAAGGCUCGUUAGAUUCGGGUGAGAUGAGCAUUGUAUUGACGUGGGAAGGGAGCAAGAGGUUCUGAAGUAAUAAUAAACACGGCGUAGAUUAUGAUCACCGGCAACGAGACUGAGGUCUAGAUCACCAUGGCCAAACACGACUCCGGUUGAUGCCCGUGUCGUUGACUGCGUGGGAACGAAGGCUCCAUAAUAUUUCUCACGCGUUCUUGGAUUGGAUACAG